CCCCCAGCCCGGCCAGAACGGCCCCCGGGACAGAGCGACGCGGAACCCCGGGCGCCUGGGUCCCCAGCAUGAUCCUCGGCAGCCUGAGCCGGGCAGGGCCCCUCCCUCUGCUUCGGCAGCCCCCCAUCAUGCAGCCCCCACUGGACCUCAAGCAGAUCCUGCCCUUCCCACUGGAGCCAGCCCCCACCCUGGGCCUCUUCGGCAACUACAACACUAUGGACCCUGUGCAGAAGGCUGUGCUCUCCCACACUUUUGGGGGACCCUUGCUCAAGACCAAGCGGCCCAUCAUUUCCUGUAAUGUCUGUCAGAUCCGCUUCAAUUCGCAGAGCCAGGCUGAGGCACACUACAAGGGUAAUCGCCACGCCCGAAGAGUCAAAGGCAUCGAGGCUGCCAAGACUCGAGGCAGGGAGCCUGGCGUCCGGGAACCUGGAGACCCAGCUCCCCCAGGCAGCACCCCCCCAAAUGGGGAUGGCGUAGCCCCCCGUCCAGUCUCCAUGGAGAAUGGACUGGGUCCAGCCCCAGGAUCCCCAGAGAAACAGCCUGGCUCCCCAUCCCCUCCCAGCAUUCCGGAGACUGGUCAGGGUACAACCAAGGGCGAAGGGGGCACUCCAGCCCCAGCUUCCCUGCCUGGAGGCAGCAAGGAAGAGGAGGAAAAGGCCAAGCGGCUGCUCUACUGUGCCCUGUGCAAGGUGGCAGUGAACUCCCUGUCCCAGCUUGAGGCUCAUAACAAAGGUACUAAGCACAAGACAAUUCUGGAGGCCAGAAGUGGGCUGGGCCCCAUCAAAGCUUACCCUCGUCUGGGGCCCCCCACUCCUGGGGAACCAGAGGCCCCUGCCCAGGACCGAACCUUCCACUGUGAGAUCUGCAAUGUCAAGGUCAACUCGGAGGUCCAACUGAAACAGACAGAUCUCCGGUUGAAGAGCUCCCAUAUCGGCGGGCAAAGAUUGAGAGUCUGA